GGUCCGGUUUUCAAUCCGGCCUCGGUUAGUUAAUCCACUAUGCCGUCACGAGCAAUCUCGGCACCGGCUCCGGUAGCCUCACCGCCGUUAAGCCACCAGGCCCACCACGACAAGACAACUCGAACCUUUCCGCCGUUAACGGUUGCUGGAGCCGGCGCCUGUUUCUCUCUCUUCAUCACACUCUCCGUCUGCUUCUGCAAGUCCAGCCGGAAACGUCCACCACCUCCGCCCGGAGCCCCCUCCUCCUCCUCCCACCCGCCGCGCGAGUUCUCUUACUCGACUCUCCGCCGCGCCACCGCGUCUUUCUCCCCGGCGAACCGGCUCGGUCAAGGCGGCUUCGGCGCCGUCUUCAGAGGAACCCUCUCCUCCGGCGAGAAUGUGGCCGUCAAGGUGAUGGAUUCAGGAUCUCUCCAGGGAGAAGCCGAGUUCCAGAACGAGCUCUUCUUCGCCGCCAAGCUUGACUCGCCUCACGUGGUCCCCGUCAUCGGCUUCUCGCACGAUAGAAAACGACGACGUUUGCUUCUCGUUUACCGGCUUAUGGAUAAUGGAAACUUACAAGACGCGCUGCUUCAUAGGAGAUGCCCUGAGCUUAUGGAUUGGAGUAAGAGAUUCUCGGUUGCGGUUAACGUCGCCGAAGGUAUCGAGCAUCUUCACGGCCUCGAACGGCCUGUGAUUCACGGAGACAUAAAGCCUAGCAAUGUCCUGUUGGAUAAGCUCUUCUCAGCUAAAAUCGCUGACUUCGGUUUAGCUAGAGUUAAGCCUGAGCACGUGGAGAUCGCUGUAGCACCGGAGAGUAACGGUGGCGGCGGAGGAGGAGGGGUGGAGGAAGAGUUAGAGAGUGUGAUCACUACCGCGACUGGUUACGAAGAUUUCAACUUCGGGCCGGUGAAACAGUCGCCGCCAGUUACUGGUUCUUCGCCGGAGAUGGGAGUAGCGCCUUUGGAGUCGCCGGAGACGGUUGUCUCCGCUUCUCCGGAGAUGGGGGAGGAUGUGGUGUUAAAGAAGGGGAAAGAUUGGUGGUGGAAGCAAGAGAGCAAUGCGGAGAGAGGGAAAGUGAAGGAGUAUGUGAUGCAGUGGAUUGGCUCGGAGGUGAAGAAGGAGAGACCGAGCAGCGUUGAUUGGAUUGAGUCCGUGGCGAGGACAGCUUCUUCUUCUUCGUCGAGUAAGAAGCUUGAGAAGAAGAGUAGCAAGAGACUAGAGUGGUGGCUUUCGCUGGAGGAAGAGAGUGAGAAUAAGGAGAAGAAGAAGCGGAGGAUGGUUAGAGAGUGGUGGAAAGAUGAGUACCGAAGAGAACUCGCUAAUAAAAAAAAGAAGAAGAAGAAAACGUUAGAAUCUGAGUUCUGUAGUGAUGAUGGGAGUAGUAGCGUGAGGCGUCGUAGUAACAGUAAAGGCAGCAGCAUAGAUUGGUGGUUAGAUGGGUUAAGAGCACGGGGUAAUAGCCAUGACUCGGUGAGUGGGGAGAUAGCGAAGAGCUGCGGGAUAAGUAGCACGCCGAGCAUGAGAGGAACCGUGUGCUAUGCAGCGCCUGAGUACUGUAACUUAGACAACAACAACGUGUCUGAGAAAUGUGAUGUCUAUAGCUACGGUGUACUGUUGUUGGUUCUGGUUUCGGGGAGGCGUCCGCUUGAGAUGACGGGGUCUGCGAGUGAGAUCCAACGGGCGAAUCUCAUGUCUUGGGCGAGGAAGCUGGCGAGAAGAGGGAAGCUUGUUGAUCUUGUGGACCGAAAGUUGCAAAAUUUGGACCAGGAACAAGCAGUGUUGUGCAUAAAAGUGGCCUUGCAGUGUCUGCAAAGAUUGCCGGUUUCAAGACCGUCGAUGAAACAGGUUUUGGGGAUGCUCAAACGAGAAGUGAGUCUUCCGUAAGUGCCUACUGAUUUCUCACCAUUUGCGGCCGGUGAUAAUGUGGAUGAUGAAGCAGAGCCGUUGACAAACUUAGGAAUCAAUCUGUUUGCUAAGUGUUAGUGUUACUUUGAUUUAGUUUCCAUAAUACGGCUCCAACAUGUCAGGCUAGUCUGUUUUUGUUUCUUCACACGCAUUGACAGAGACAAGAGUAUCACACACUAUGCAAGUUUGAUUGUUUUGUUGAUUGCACAUAAAUAAUAUUUUCGUUUCCCAACA